AUGUCCUCGCCUAUGGAUCGGAAGCACUGUCAAAGCCCAGAACCAUUGAUCGAUUGUCCAAACAAAAAGCCGCGCGAAUUGUCUGAGGAUGGAGAAACCUCAUUGCCAAAAGCGGAGGUGCUUGACGGGAGCCCCAGUAAAAUGCCCCAGCACUCCCAACCCAUUGGCGCUCUGACGGUGCAGAUAAGACAACUGCUGGAACUCGAUGGGCCCCUUGCGGCACAAGGCCUCAACCUUCUCGAUUUGUACUUAGCUAUGUGGGAGUGUUAUAUUGUGAAAUCCGCUCAGGAUAUGCGUCUGGUGGAUGAAAACAGCAAGCUUCAAGCCUCGUAUGACUGGCUCGUCUGUGAGAGGGGUCUUCUCACACAACAACUGCGGGAGAUGGAGCUCGACCUGGAGGAUCGAAGGAAGAAGGCAAUUCACCUGCAGCAUAUGAUGCUGGAUUGUAUGCCUUCGGGUCUUAUGGAAUCCGCUCAUCCCCAAGAGUAG